AUGGACCUGGGUGGAAUUCGGUUCAAGGGGAGACACAUGGAGAGUGUUGGCUCAGCUGUGGGCUGUGGCCCGGAAACAGCCAAGGAUCACAGCCCCGAAGUGCCAGAGACAGGGACAGGCGGGGAGUCUACUGUGGCUGAGGACCCCAGGAGGCAGGGGAGCUCCCCAUUGGUCCUCCAAAGGGACCUGGCCCUGGAGAUGGAAGCGGAUGAAGAGUCCCAGUGUCCACUCCAGGAGAAGGACCUGAAGGAGGCCAGCAUGCAGCUUGUCCAGGGCAGACAGGACUGGCAGGAUGGAUGCAGCUACAGGGGCGAGUUCGGGCAACACACCAAACUGGGGUUUGGUGAAUUCUACUGGCCCACCGGCGAGAUGUACCGUGGACAUUUCUACCGUGACCACCUCCAUGGCUUGGGCACCUACACAUGGCCUGAUGGCUCCAGUUUCACCGGCACCUUCUACCUCAGCCGCCGAGAAGGUUAUGGGACACUCUCCCUGAAGUCCAAGCUCUUUCAGGGACUGUACAAGGCUGACAAGCGCUUCGGGCCGGGUGUGGAGACCCACCCUGACGGCAGCCAAGACGUGGGGCUGUGGGUGCAGGAACACCUUGUCAAGCUGUGCUCGGUGAUGCCUGGCAGCUUCUCUCUGCUCAGCUACCCCGAGCUGGCCCACUUCCUCACACACGUCCCGACCAGACUCAGUCUGUCAGAUGAGGAGAAGAUGGAGUGGGAUGUGGACCAGGACCGGGACCCUUUCUUCUACGAGUACAAGCGGUUCCUACUGAAUGAUGACAUCACGCUGCCCCCAGACAUGCAUGUCUACUCCACUGACAACAGCCACCUGCCCAUGACCUCCUCCUUCCGCAAGGACUUGGACGCCUGGGUCUCCAUGGAUGACCUCCCACCCUUCAUGGAGGACGAAGAACCCUGGUUCAUUACAAACGAGACACCCUUGAUGGUCAGAGUCCAGAAGCAGACGUACAAGUUCAGGAACAAGAAGGCUUACACCAGCUGGAACAUGGCCGCCAUCAUGCAGGGUGACCGCAGCAGCUUCGCUCACCAUGGGCCCAAGGAGCGGCUGGCUAGGGAGAUGAUCCUGAAAGCCGAGAAUGGUGACCAUCACUGGAUCGAUGGAAUCCUGCGGGACAACCUGGCCUCUCCCGACGUGGCUGACGCCAAAGGCUACACUGUUCUGGCUGCGGCUGCUGUCCACUGUCAAAUGCAGAUCAUCAACCUACUACUGGACAGCGGGGCGGACGUGAACAAGUGCUCGGACGAGGGCCUCACGCCCCUCAGUAUGUGCUUCUUGCUGUACUACCCCACUGGGGCCUUCAAGCCCAACAUUGCCGAGAGGACGCUGCCAGAGCCACAGGAAGUGACUGGAAGAGUCCCCGUUCUGCCGGGCAUCUCUGUGCUGCCCCCGGAGGACCUUGUCCUGUACCAGACCUACUAUGGUCCGAUCCCGUCCAUGCUGGGCACCAACUAUGGGUCCGACCCUCAUUACCAUCUUCCGCUGUCCCAGGAGUCGGCGGACCAGAGUAGAGUGUCCUCGCAGCUGAUGUCCUUGAAGGGCAGGGACAACCUCCUGGAGUCUCUGCCAGGGCUGGGUGACACGAUGGGGAAUGCAGACGCGUGCAGCAUCUCCACCUUCGACUCCAACCAGUGUGUCCACAAUUUCCCCAUCGCUCUCUCUCACGACUUCCUGGAGCGCAGCGCCGGUGUCUACAGCCUGCUCAGGGUCCCGUCCCUGGGCGCCCCUGCCUCGGACAAGGGGACCAUGCGGAGCAUGGCGCUGUCCAUGGUCGAACACAGGAAGAGGUGGCAGACUAUCCAGCUGUUGCUGCACCGAGGUGCUGACCCCAACCUAUGCCACGUGCCCAUGGAGGUCCUGUUCUUUGCGGUGAAGACUGCAGAUACGGAUGGCGUGAAGCUGCUAUUGGAGAACGGGGCACGGACUGAUGUCCAGCUGUCCCCACAGCUGCGGUCACUUACCCCACUCCACAUUGCUGCUGCCCUGCCUGGGGAGGAGGCCGUGCAAAUAACAGAGUUGCUGCUCCAUGCCAUCACUGACGUGGACGCCCAGGCAGCUGACCAAGACGAGACAUACCGGCCACACAAGACGGACCAGUUGGCCUCAAGUCUGAAGCUCAACAAUGAGUCAGGACCACCCAGCAUCUAUUUCACCCAGCUUCCAGUGGCCCCUGAGGGUGGGCGCACUGCCCUCCAUGUGGCCUGUGAGCGUGAGGACAACAUCAAGGUUGCUUGGGAAGUAGUCCGACUCCUCCUUUCCCACAAAGCAAAUCCUAACAUGCUGUGGAGUGGUCACUCUCCACUCUCCCUAUCCAUCGUCAGUGGGAAUGACCUGAUCAUGAAGGAGCUUCUGGCUCAUGGAGCUGAUCCAAACCUGCCGCUGACUAAGGGCUUGGGCAAUGCCCUUUGUUUGGCCUGUGACCUGACCUAUGACCACCAAUGGGGCACAGACAACAAGCUGGCCCUGAUUGACCAGCUCAUCAGCUAUGGUGCCAACAUCCUGAAUCCUGUGACGCUCACACAGGGGGACAAGGUGGCUGUGGGCACUGCCGUGGACUACGGGUACUUCAGAUUUUUCCAGGACCGGAAGAUUGCCCACUGCCCCUUCCACACACUGAUGCCGGCUGAGCGGGAGACCUUCCUGUCGCAGAAGAGGAUCCUGGAGUACAUGGGCCUCCAGCUGCGCCAAGCCGUCCUUGCCAAGGAAAGCCAGUGGGACCCAAAGCUGCUGUACCUGAGCAAGAGGGCGGAGCUGGCUCCCCCCAACAGGCUGAAGAAGAAGAGCCCAGCGUCCUUCAAGAGUGUGGACACAGAGGGCCGGAAGCUGAUCCCUUUCUUCAAGUUCUGCUACCAGUGUGGCCGCUCCAUCGGGGUACGCCUCUCGCCCUGCACCCGCUGCUACAGCAUCAUGACCUGCAGCAAGUUCUGCAGGACCAGAGCCUGGAACGAGUUCCACAAGAGGGACUGUGGGACCGCAGUGGCCAAGACCAGUCACCACCUCUCUGGGGACACACUUCUGUCCACCCUGGAGACGUCACAGGCCCACUUCUUGUCCCUGCUAUUCCUGAGUUCUUGUCCUGGGCCCCACCCUGAGCUGGGAGAACGGAAGACUGGGGCCCUGGCUUCCAACCUGGAGGUCAUCGGGGGGCUCUCGGAGUGUCCGGAGGACGCCCCCCACCCACAGCCCCCAACAGUCUUGUUGCUCCCAGAGGACCGGCCUGCGGUGAGGCUCUCAGGGGACGAAAGUGCUGUCCCCUCCAACAUGAAGUUCUGGAACCUGCGGCCUGUGAGCCCUCUGCUGACCACUCUGUGUGCCGCGUUCAGGGCAGGACCAGUGUGGGGCUGGGGGCUGCACGGGACCAGCGUGAGGCCGCCCUCCAGGGUCCUCUGGGAUCUGGAUCAGAAUGGGCCCCAUGGUCUCAGUGUGGCCCCUGUCCCAGUAUGGCCUGGCCAGGGCACUGCUGACUCCUCACCAGACCUGAAGUGA